GAGACUCUUCGCUCCGCACUUCGCCACUUCAGAGACUCUCAACACUUUCUGAUCUCAUUUCUCCUCUUCUUUUUCCUGCUCUCAUCUCUCUCUGCUCUGCUCUGCUCUGCAAGACCUUGCAGAUACUUCUGAGAUGGCCGACGCUUACUGGAGGUACAGCGACGGACGGCAGCCGCCGCCGUCGGGGAUGAAUUCCGGCAUGGGAAAGCGUCCGCGUCCAGAUUACGAUUCCCAUAGUGGCCAUGACCUGCCUAGUUAUUAUCCCCACGAAGAUGAUAGAGGUUCACUCCGUGGGAUGAGAGAUACAGACUCCAUUAACGCAUCAUAUGAUCGCUACCUUCGUUCUGCGCAAAUGUCAUCUUAUAGUGGGGGACAGUCUGCUAGAAACAUGAGCGGGGGACUACCUGGUCGUUCUGUUGAUGACCCACGAAUGAUGGGAAUGGUUGAACCCGGGCCUGUAAAAGAGAGGGUCUUGGGAAUGGGAGGUGGGAGGCCUGAGGUUCCUCUUCCUCCUGGUGCGACGAGUACACUUUUUGUGGAAGGAUUGCCUGCCAAUUGUACGCGACGUGAAGUAGCUCACAUCUUUCGCCCAUUUGUUGGUUACAAAGAAGUGAGACUUGUAAGCAAGGAGUCAAGACAUCCUGGAGGUGAACCUUUGGUACUUUGUUUUGUUGAUUUUAUGAGCCCUGCCCAUGCAGCCACGGCUAUGGAUGCCUUGCAAGGUUAUACGUUCGAUGAGCAUGACCGUGACUCGGUCAAUUUAAGGUUGCAAUUUGCUCGCUAUCCUGGUGCGAGGUCAGGUGGUGGGCACCGAGGGAAGCGUUGAAUUAUGCGGUUUUCAGGACUUGCAUGAUUUGGGAGGUUGUGAUAAUGAGGGGCCGUACAACAAACAUGCAGUUUCAAGAUUUUUAUAAGGCGCAUAGUUAGGACCAACUCAGAUUAUGUGGUUCUCGAUUAUCGUGGGCAAAUCGCUAGAGUGGUUUCUUGUUUGGCAUCUGCAGACAAUUUUAUAUAUUUAUUUCAGACUUUUCCAUAUGCACUUUAAUUAUGACUACUUACGCCGUAAUGCCAUAUGCGUUUCGUUAGAUAUUGUAAACUUAUUUUUAGUAGAACGUGUUGAAAUCUCUUUCAUUUGCACAUUCUCUUGAAUCAGUGUUUGAUAUCUAUUUAGUGAUGAAACUGUGGUAACUGAUGAAGUAGAUAUCUUAUGUAUUGAAAAUAUUGCGAUUUGUGUC